AUGGAUAAAUCUCUGGAGUUGGUGUCACUUGAGGAUGUGGCUGGGGACUUCACCUGGGGGGAGGGGGGGGGCUUGAAUGAUGCUCAGAGGACUUUGUACAGGGAUGUGAUGCUGGAGACCUACCAUAGCCUGGUGUCUUUGGGGUACUGCAUUAGUAAACCUGAGGCGAUCCUCAAGUUGGAGAAAGGAGCAGAGUCAUUGAUGAUAGAAGAACAACCAAACCAGAGCCUCCCAGGUGUUGGUGUUGCUGGAUGGUAUUCUCCAGAAGCUCCUUGGCCUUCUCAUUCUGUUGGAAUAGCCUGUAGCCUGGUGGUAAGGGGUAAGCACCUUUUUCUCAUUCUGCCCUCUCUGCCUACAACUAUACAACUUACUUCAUGGUUGCUGCCCCCUGGCUGUGAAGUUAGAGCCACUCAGUGAUAGUGGACAGUCCCCUGGCCCACACAGGGAGCAUAGCUGCAUCUUCAAGGCCUUCAUAUUUGCCUCCACCAGUUGCAGUGUAGAAAAAGUGGCAGAUGAGCAGGUGAGAGCAGGUGAGGUCAGAUAAGAUCCACCUGCCCCCUGGCCCCACCUCCACUGAGGAGCUGCAAUUUGCAAAUAAACUACACCUCUCAGUUUCCUCCAUGCCUCAGAGAUUACCUGGAUGUGCUCAUUUAUUCACUAAUUGUACCCUUUUAUACAGUUAAAUUUUGUCAUCUACUUUCAGCUCCCAUCCUGUCUCAACUACUCAAAGUGGAGGUUGCCACGUUCAACCCCAGAAAUGUGCAAUGGGUCAUUCUUCUUAAAACAUUCCUUUUUCUCCCUAAUGUUUAUGUAUAUAUAAUAUAUGUAUGUAUAUGUAUAUAUACACACACACAGAAACAUAUUGGAAGAUAAUAAAACAUUCCUUGUUCUCCCUAAUAUAUGUAUUAUAUAUAUUCACAAACAUA